AUGCUGGGCCAGGAGCAGUUGCUCCUCGAGCUCACAGGCGCACAGGCCGUGCCGUUGAGGCCGGCCCCACCGGGUCCGGCCGCGACGUUCGACCGCUGCGCAUUGUCCAGCGUGGUACAGCACCUGCAGGACUACGAGGCGGUCCCAUAUGAGGCCACCAAGGCGUUGCGCGCCUUGGCCUCGCUCGCCUACAGCGAGCCUGUAGAGGUUGCAGAACACCGCGGCUGCAUGAUGCAAAUGCUGCGCCUGAGCAAUUUGCAUUCUGACGCCUCCCUGAAAAAUGCAGUGGCACGCUGCCUUUGUCACCUCUGCUUCUCAGCAGAUGCCGUUCGCUCGCUGAGUGCAGACGUGCUUGCAGCGCUCCUGAAAGCCUCGGAGGGGCAGUCCGAGGAAGCAAAGCUGAGCCAGGAGGCCAUGGCGCGGAUUCUUGUGGCCGAGGCUGAGAAAACCGAUGUGGGCCCCCCUCGGCUUGCCCCAGAGCUCUUGCGUCAAGCACAGCGCAUUCAAGCACCUCAUUUUGCAGAUAUGCUCGUCAGAUUGGGGGGCGAACUCAUUCCACCAGAGUUCCUCGCAGCCCAGCUCCUUGCCACUGCACCUGUCAUGGACAAAGCGGAGGACAUGGCGAUAGGGUGGCUCACACUGCUGCUGCAGCUACUUGAACCAAAAAGUGGUUUGGCCGAUGUUUUGGUUUCCCAGGGCAUCGCCACAGCAACAACAUCCCUCAUGGACAUGCAUCAAACUAUCUGCGUGCAGUCAAAGGGCGUUGCCGCGCUGGCAGCCUUGGCAAGCAAGCGGAGUGGCCCAUCAGCGAUUGCAAAAGCAAGCGGUGUGAAGCGCGCCGAGACAGCGCUUGGGAUGCAGGAAGAUGCUUCGCUGCAGAUGAGCUGCAUCUCUUUCCUAGUGUCAGUGCUGGACUGGCCACUCCCAGUACAGGAGUUGUGCGAUAUGGAUUGUGCUCGGAUCGUGACUCUGACGAAGCAAGCCAUGCAGCGCCAUCUCGAUGUGGUGGCUCUUCAGGUGGUGGCGCUCUCCAGCUUGGCUAAGUUGCUGGAAGUCCUGGCCUGUACUGCGGACGUGAAAGAAGGCGGUGCUGAGGGUCUGGUCAAGGCAGUCAUGGCAAGGCACAAGGACCACGAGCAAGUCUGGACCUGGGGCCGAAUCGUUCUGGACAGCCUCGGCGCAGAUCGACACUGGUCCUACAGGCAGUGA